GCUCGUCCUAGUUUACACCCCAGGCUACCUAACACCAUUAUACCUAGGCCCAUCAUACCAGGACCAAACCCCUCCUCCAUUCACAAACAAAUAAUCCCAUUCCAAUCCAAACAUCCAAUCAAUCCCAGUAACCAUGGGACUCACCAGCUCAACUCAAAAAGACGACCAACCAGCAACCACCACCACCACCAAAAAACAGAUCUUCAUCUUAUCCGGCCAAAGCAACAUGGCCGGUCGCGGUGGCGUAAAAAACAAGCAAUGGGACCGCAUCGUCCCAGACGACUGCAAACCAGACCCCUCAACCAUCCACCGGUUAAACGCAAGCCUGAUCUGGGAAACCGCCCAGGAGCCACUCCACGCCGACAUCGACACAGCCAAGACCUGCGGUGUGGGCCCGGGGAUGUCGUUCGCAAACGCAGUGAAAGACUACAUUGUUGGAGUUAUAGAUCUGGUGCCGUGUGCGGUUGGUGGGACUGCUAUUAAGGAAUGGGAUAAAGGGCAGAAGCUGUAUGAAGAUAUGGUCAGGAGAUCGAGAGCUGCGGUGAGUAGUGGUGGAGAGAUUAAAGCGAUGCUGUGGUAUCAAGGGGAGAGUGACGCGACUGAAGCGGAUGCGGGAUUGUAUAAAGUUAGGAUGGAGAAUUUGAUACAUAAUAUACGAUCGGAUCUUGGAUUACCAUCACUCCCAAUUAUUCAGGUUGCGAUUGCAUCUGGUAAUGAGAAAUACAUAGAGGUAGUUAGAGCAGCACAGAAAGCGAUUGAUCUACCGAAUGUGGUAUGCGUAGAUGCAAAGGGAUUGGAGCUGAAAGAAGAUAACCUCCAUUUGACGACAGAGGCACAGGUUCAACUUGGACACAUGUUGGCCGACGCGUACCUCGCUCAUUUCGGAUAAGCAAGUCCUCUGGCUGUCGCCGCUUAUCCGGCGGGAAUUUGUGGCUGCUUAACAGUAUCAGUGAGGUUGGAUACUGUUUGUCAUUGAAUGUGGUAUUCCUAAUUAUCCAUAUUUGUACUACUCGUUUGAUUGUGUAAUUAAUUUUGUGUGUAACAAUUUGUGGGUAGUAACAAGAAAAAGUUGAACAAAAGUAAAAAUCUAGUUAUGUAUUAGCCAUAUAAGUUGAAUAAAAAUCAGAACACAA